UGUUGGGUUUGUAUUGACUGCCCUCUAGGGGUGGUGUAGCGGCAGUGCCAUGAACGGAUGUUUACGAUCUCCAUGGUGACCAUUAACUGUUACCUGUCUUACAAAUAAAACACAUAGCUAACGUUAACUUACCAGUUAUAAGCAAACAUGAGCGUCUCGGUCACACGCACAUUUCAGAAGAAAAAUGAGGGCAGAAGGGUUUUCAGACAACAGAGGACAUAUGAUUAUUUGUACGAUCCAUUAUAUACAGUGUCAGCUGAUGUGGAUCACGCCAGAGAAAACCUCCGUGCUCAGGCUUCACUGGAUCGAGUGCGGAAGGUCCCAGAGUUUAACUGCAUGUUUAGUAACCUUGCACACCACCCCCGUUACACCUUACGCCUGGAAUCCACUGACCCCGUGCCUGCGUUCAUUGACCGGCGUUGGCGGGGCUUCGCUGAGCAGAGGAGGCAGGCCCUGCAGCGACUGACAGGGGUCAUGUCUGGGGUUGAUAUCCAUAGACUGAACCCUGCUGAUGUGACAGGAGUGGACCGCUGGAAGUUUUUUAAACGUCCUCUCAUUCCUUUUGCCCAACAGAUUCCUUCUGAUGUUGUAUUUGCUUUACCAAAAUCUGACCUCCUUUCUGAUCCUAAUGGAGAUAAACGGCCGCCCACUCCGUUCCACCGGAGCGUGGGAGUUCAGACAGACUAUCGGGAGAGUGAGACACAGACAGACCCCUACUCUCCAGACUAUGUGGUUCGCCCCGGGACAGCCUCCCCUGAGCUGCUCACACUGGCCACACUCACAUGGGGCUGUGGGCUGCCUGCAGGGCUGGCAGAAGUGGAGAUGAUCGAGAGGGCAAGAAUGAAGAGAGCAUGGGAGGCAACUCUGCCCCCGCUGGACGACCUCUCUCAGAUUGACAAAAGAAGAAGGAUGAUGGAGGAGAUGGAGAGGAAAGAGUGGGCCUUCAGAGAAGAGGAGAUUGAGAAGCUGCAGGAGGCACGACUGACCCUGCUGGUGCAGCUCUUGCGUCAGAGGGAGGAGAAGCAAGAGGAGGUCAAGAUGGAGCGACUGGACAUGAGCUUUUCCAAGCUCCAGCAAGAGAAGGAGGCGCGGCUUAAGAAGAUACACAAAGACUACACCAUUUCAAUGCGGAAGCUUCUGGCAAAGCGCAAGAAUGUGGAGGGAAAGCUGGAGAGACGUGAUAUUAUAAAGGAUUAUUCAGAUUAUGGGUCUCAGACAUACGCUCCUCUGUCUCGGAUUUCCAACCGCAACGUGGUGAAGAGUUCCUUUCUCAGCACGUAUCAAGGUCUGUUAGAACUGGAGGCAGGUCUUUCUCCAUCUGUCAUCGAGCCUCACAUUAAAGUGCCAAAACCUAAAGUGACUAAAGGCUUCAUCACACGCUCAGCCCGCAGAGAUCUAGAGCUCAUGAAGACUCAUCAGGCUCUGAAAGAGAAAAAGGUCUGCAGGGUGGAAAAGAAACCUCUGCGGUUUCUCUCUAAGAAGGAAAAACCUGCUCCACGACCCCUGACCCCUGCGGUGGAUGAGCCCCCUGAGGGAGAUGAGGAAAAGGAACUGGCUAUCAUCUUUCUGCAGAAAGUGCUCAGAGGAAGAUCCACCCAGAAUCAGAUGUUCGAAGAAAAAAUGAAACGAUUGGAACUGAUCCAAGAACUGCGUACCACCCACGCACUGCAGAAGGAGGAACAGGACAAGAAGGAGGCGGAAAAACAGGUCACACUCGCCUUGCAGAAACAGAGAGACAUCCAGUCUGACAGAGUGUCUCAGAUUGAGUCCUGUCUAGAUGGCCUGUCUGGGGGAGUGAUUGUGGACAUGCUGGACUUUUUGUCUAAGGAGUUGGUCCGGCUGCAGGAGGAAAGACGAAUCCACGCCUUUACGCUAUUGGCUGAGAGAGAUCGGCGUAUUCGUGAGGCUGAGGAGAGUGGAAGGCGGCAGAUAGAGGAGAGGAGACGCAGAGAGGAGGAUGAGAUAUUUAAACAGGUGGUCAAGGUGCACCAGGACACAGUAGACAUAUACCUGGAGGAUGUCAUCCUGGGCUCCAUUAACCAGACAGCUGAUGCCCUGGCCAGAGAGGAGAUACACCGUCAGGCUGAGGAGCUGAACAACAUCACCUAUGCCAUGGAGGAGACGAGGAGUAGGCAGCAGUCAGAAGAGAUUGUGGCAGAACUCGUAUACAGAUUCCUCAUUCCUGAGGUCCAGAAGAUUGAUGUCAGAGAAAGAGUUCGUCAGAGCCAAAGAAGGCAUCUGCAAGCAGCUCGUUCAAUCAUCAGUAGCAGUCUAGGAUCUUCUGCGGUCUCCCAGACCCCAUUGCCCUCAGACAGAGCCUCUUCAGCAGUCCUUAAUGACAUACUCAGCCAAGUAGAGGAGGCUGUUCAAUCUGAAAACAGAAAACAAUCUGACCAGUGAUCCAACAGCAGACACUCACAACGGGAAUGGGAAACAUGCAGACUAAGUCCAAGGGCAUGCACUACAAACCAUUAAAACAGUCCUACAUGCAUGUAAA